AGGGGGAAAGGGCCCCUUUUCCCCUUGGACACCAUCCAAACCGCUAUCUUCCCUUGUGCAGCCCCGCUCCCCCCCAGCCCCGACCAAUGGCUCCGGGAACUGAGAUUAGGCCCAGCCGUGUAUAAAAAUGCCCAGGGCAGCCUCUGGCACCACUCUCUCAUUGUGCAGGGAAGCCCAGGGCAGCCUCUGGCACCACUCUCUCAUUGUGCAGGGAAGCCCAGGGCAGCCUCUGGCACCACUCUCUCAUUGUGCAGGGACGCCCAGGCAGCCCCUCUGCUCGGCACCAUGGUGAACUGGACGGCUGAGGAGAAGCAGCUCAUCACCAGCACCUGGAGCAAGGUCAACGUCACCGACUGCGGUGCUGAGGCCCUGGCCAGGCUGCUGAUCGUCUACCCCUGGACCCAGAGGUUCUUUGCCUCCUUUGGGAACCUCUCUAGCCCCACGGCCGUCAUUGGCAACCCCAUGGUCCGUGCCCACGGCAAGAAGGUGCUCACCUCCUUCGGGGAUGCUGUCAAGAACCUCGACAACAUCAAGAAAUGUUUCGCUCAGCUGAGCAAACUCCACUGUGACAAACUGCACGUGGACCCCGAGAACUUCAGGCUCCUGGGUGACAUCCUCAUCAUUGUCCUGGCCUCCACCUUCGGGAAGGACUUCACCCCUGCCUGCCAGGCUGCCUGGCAGAAGAUGGUCCGUGUGGUGGCCCACGCCCUGGCCCACGAGUACCACUGAGCCCCCCGCCAGCAUUCCUGCCUGGAGACGCUCCUGGGGAAUGCUCCUGGUCUCUAACUGCCAAAUAAACACCAACU